AAGCAAAGAUGCCUGGGAAAAGGCGCCUCAGUGCAGCGGUCAUUCCGAGUGCCAAAAGGGAACGGAAAGCAAUUACCCUUGAUGUAAAAUUACAAGUGUUGAGACGAUUUGAAGCAGGUGAGAAGCUUAGUGAAAUCGCGAAGGCCUUAGGCCUUGCCGUCUCUACAGUGGCCACAAUCCGAGACAAUAAAGAAAAAAUCAAAGCGAGUUCACGAGUAGCUACUCCCUUGAGAGCCUCUCGGCUGACUCGCCAUCGGAGCGCAGUCAUGGAGACCAUGGAGCGAUUGUUGCACGUGUGGCUUGAAGACCAGACCCAGCGAAAUGUGCCCCUGAGUGUCACCAUCAUUCAGGAGAAGGCUAAGAGUUUGUUUAAUGACUUACAGCGUCAAAAAGGCGAAAGCUCUCGAACAGAAACGUUCAGCGCCAGUAAAGGGUGGUUUGUGAGAUUCAAGGAGCGCCAUUGUUUGCCCCACUUCAAGAUGAACGGCACAGCUCCUGGCCACAAGGACGGGUAUCCAGAAGUGCUGAAAAGCAUCAUACAAGAAGGUGAGUACACCCCCCAGCAAGUUUUUAAUGUAGACGAGACAGGGCUUUAUUGGAAGAGAAUGCCUGAAGGAACAUUUAUUUCCAUGGAAGAGAAAGCUGAGCCAGGGUUUAAGUCAUCCAAAGAUCGCUUGAUGCUGCUUCUUGGUGGCAACGCAGCUGGGGACUUUAAGUUGAAGCCCUUACUGGUGUACCACUCAGAGAACCCCAAGGCUCUGAAGGGGUACUCCAAGCCAAAUUUGCCUGUGAUUUGGCGCUCAAAUAGAAAGGCCUGGGCAACCAGGAGCAUCUUUCAUGAAUGGUUCACAUACUUUUUUUGCCCUGCUGUUGAAAAAUACUGUGCCCAAAAUAAUCUCACCAACAAAGCAUUGCUCAUCCUAGACAAUGCGCCAUGCCACCCAGUAAAUUUGAGUGAUCUGUCUGAUAAUGUAAGAGUGGAAUAUCUUCCUGACAGCACAGCUGACUCAGUCCAGCCCAUGAGUCAAGGUGUGGCCUCUGUCUUCAAAGCUCAGUACCUGAGAAGGACUUUUGAGCACAUCCUAGAAGCAACAGAUGGGGAGGAUACAGCUAUAAUCAGGGAGUUUUGGAGAAACUACAACAUCAUGGAUGCUGUGGACAACAUUGCAGUAGCUUGGGAGGAGCUCAGACCGGCAACAAUGAACAGUGUGUGGAAGAAGAUUUGGCCCGAAUGUGUUCAGUUCCAGAGUGUUUCCCAAACAGAUAACAUUGCACAGCUUCAACAAAACAUUGUUAACCUUGCCAAGAACGUGGCUUUUGGGGAGGUUGUAGAAGGUGAUGUGGAGCAGUUGCUGCAGUCUCAUGAGGAAGAUCUCUCAAAUGAGGAGCUGAUGCAGCUGGGACAGGAGCCAGCGGGAGAGGAGGACAGCGAGGAUACUCCACCUGCCCUGCGUCAACUAACCACAGGAGAACUCUCAGCUGCCUUCUCCCAUUUCGAGGCUGGCUUGCAGGUCCUUACCAGUAACAGCCCUAAUGAUGAGUGGAAACUGAAAGUUUCAAGAGCAAUCAAUGAUGCAAUCAACUGCUACAGGGAGUUGUACAAUGAGAAAAAGCGGCGCUCAAAGCAACUCUCUUAGGCCAUUUUUCAGUGUUGUAACCAAAAGCCAAAAUAAAGCCAGAAGCAACAAGAUGACCUCAGCGAUGAGGCCCAGCCAGACCCUCUGUUUCCAGAUGUUUAACAUCCCUGGAAACCCUGUUUCUGGGAUUUGCAUUUUGAAACUCGAGAGUAUCAAGUUUUGUCAUUAAAAUUUUAUUUACAUAUGUGGUUUAAAAAGAUUGCAUGCAAGAAUACCCAGAAAAACAUUUCUUUAAGGAAAGCAAAACCACACUGAGACUAGCCCUUUUGGACAUUAAAACAUACUAUAAAACCUCUGUAAUUAAAGCAGUGUAGUAGACCUGUGGAAUAGAAAAUCCAGAAAUACAUGCGGAUAGACUGGGUUUUUUUGGUGAGGCAGAUUGGCCCUGAGCUAACAGCUGUUGCCAGUCUUCCUCUAUUGUGUA